AUGAACAUUUUCGCCUUAUUUGUUUCAUUUCUUUUAAUUUACCUGGGUGUAUUGGAAUGCUUCGUAAUCAACAGAACGGUUUUGCCAAGCAACCAAUUUUUGCUAUUUUCAUUAUCCGAAAAAAAAAAAAAAAACGUAACUCAACAGGUCUCCCAGGGAAAGGACAAUAAAUUGAAGGGAAAAAAAAAAAAAAAAAAAAAAAAAUGUAUUGCUCUGGAAAAACUCCUUCGCGAACAUGUGGAAAAAGUUAAUAAGAGGGAAUUCUCAGACUCCGAGAACUUGGAUGUCGAUAAGGAAAUACUAGAAGGAAAACGAAUACCAAGGUUAAGGAUUAAAAGCACACAAAAUCAUAUUUAUGCUACGGUAGUUGAUGAUUAUAGGAGACACAUAUUAUGCUUUUCUGGUUCAAGAGACCCGAAACUUUCUGGCGUGUUAGGUACAUACAGAAAGAAGUCAACGAACAGAGUUGUAAAUAAUGGAAGGACUAUUAAAUCUGGGUGGGAAAUUGGAAAAGAUAUUGCUAGGAAGGCUCUAAAUAAGGGUAUUUUUAGGGUAAGAUUUGAUAGAGGAAAAUUUAAGUAUGCGGGGAAGGUGGAGGCACUAGCCGAAGGGGCUCGCGCCGUGGGUUUGUUGUUGUGA